UUUCAGUCAACCGAGAAUGAUUAAAUCUCAUUAAGGGUCAAGUGGUGGGAUCUGCGGCUACCCAGGGGACACACAAGCCCUUCUACAGCUGAGGGUUUUUCUCUGUUCUGUCAGGAAGAAACUAAAUACGAAAAUGGGCACGCAUCAUUUCCAUCAUCUUCUUGGCCUUUGUGUUUUCCUGCUUCUCAUUUCUCAAGGACACAGUGACUUCGCAAUUAAUUCAAAGGCCGUUCUGCAGAAAUGCACAGACCAGUGGACCCUGAAGGAAACCCAACCUGUACCGCGGCUUUCAAAAAUGACCGUAUGCCUGGACAUGCGCUUGUUAACCAUAGGAAAGUGGAUGGCCUUCAGCUACACCACCCCUCACUCACCGUCCUAUGAACUGGCACUGCAGGGUGACAGGGAUGCCGUGUACGCCUGGCUCCAGGGUGUGCAGCACCGUUUCCCUGUGCGACUGGCACCUGAACAUUGGCACCGUCUGUGUCUACACAUUGACUCAGUACGUAACCGCAUCAGUCUGAGCGUUAACAGCAGUAAGGAUGUGCAUGAGCGUAUGGUGGCUGUUAAAGCCUUGCGACCCAGUGGCAACCUACAGCUGGGGUUUCAUUCCUGGGAAGUCUGUCCAGGAAGCAGUAUGGCCACUAUUGAGCUACAUCUGUUCAGAAUAUGGGGGGACAUGAGGGAGCAUUCAGACUGUGAGGAUGGAACGAUCGUAAGCUGGGACUCAAAUUUGUGGAGAAUCAGUCGAGGCCAGACCUGGAUCCAGGACAACACACUCUCCUGCAAACCUUACACUACUACUACAAUUAAAGCUCCAGUUGCUAAUUCUACAAUCAGGAGUACAACAUUGAGAACUACACAUAAUUCAUCAACUAAUACAUCUGCCACAACAUCACAUACUUCUAGUAUGGGAAAAACUGUUAAAAGUACUACUGAUACUCCGAAGGUAUCUCAGUCUUCUGGAGAUUCUACAAAAAGGUCUUCUACUUUGCCCAAUGGUGUUAAACAUACGACUCCUACAUCCAAGGGUACUCAACCCACCAAAAAUUCAUCUUCUUUGGCCACUAGUGUUAAAUAUACGACUCCUACAUCCAAGGGUACUCAACCUACCAAAAAUUCAUCUUCUUUGGCCACUAGUGUUAAAUAUACGACUCCUACAUCCAAGGGUACUCAACCCACCAAAAAUUCAUCUUUUUUGGCCACUAGUGUUAAACAUACGACUCCUACAUCCAAGGGUACUCAACCUACCAAAAAUUCAUCUUCUUUGGCCACUAGUGUUAAAUAUACGACUCCUACAUCCAAGGGUACUCAACCCACCAAAAAUUCAUCUUCUUUGGCCACUAGUGUUAAAUAUACGACUCCUACAUCCAAGGGUACUAAACCUACCAAAAGUUCUUCUUCUUUGGCCACUAGUGUUAAAUAUACGACUCCUACAUCCAAGGGUACUAAACCUACCAAAAGUUCUUCUUCUUUGGCCACUAGUGUUAAAUAUACGACUCCUACAUCCAAGGGUACUAAACCCACCAAAAGUUCUUCUUCUUUGGCCACUAGUGUUAAAUAUACGACUCCUACAUCCAAGGGUACUCAACCCACCAAAAAUUCAUCUUCUUUGGCCACUAGUGUUAAAUAUACGACUCCUACAUCCAAGGGUACUCAACCUACCAAAAAUUCAUCUUCUUUGGCCACUAGUGUUAAAUAUACGACUCCUACAUCCAAGGGUACUCAACCCACCAAAAAUUCAUCUUCUUUGGCCACUAGUGUUAAACAUACGACUCCUACAUCCAAGGGUACUCAACCCACCAAAAAUUCAUCUUCUUUGGCCAUUAGUGUUAAAUAUACGACACCUACAUCCAAGGGUACUCAACCCACCAAAAAUUCAUCUUCUUUGGCCACUAGUGUUAAACAUACGACUCCUACAUCCAAGGGUACUCAACCCACCAAAAAUUCAUCUUCUUUGGCCACUGGUGUUAAAUAUACGACACCUACAUCCAAGGGUACUCAACCCACCAAAAAUUCAUCUUCUUUGGCCACUGGUGUUAAACAUACGACUCCUACAUCCAAGGGUACUCAACCUACCAAAAGUUCAUCUUCUUUGGCCACUGGUGUUAAACAUACGACUCCUACAUCCAAGGGUACUCAACCCACCAAAAAUUCAUCUUCUUUGGCCACUAGUGUUAAACAUACGACUCCUACAUCCAAGGGUACUCAACCUACCAAAAGUUCAUCUUCUUUGGCCACUGGUGUUAAAUAUACGACUCCUACAUCCAAGGGUACUCAACCCACCAAAAGUUCAUCUUCUUUGGCCACUGGUGUUAAAUAUACGACUCCUACAUCCAAUGGUACCCAACCUACCAAAAGACCUUCUACUAUAGCCAGCACUCUAACAUCUGCUUCAUAUCUUACUCCAUACGCUAAAGGUUCUACUUCUUCGAAAGGGUCUACUUUUAAGCCCAAUUCAGCUGUUGUGACUGUUCCUAGCCUUAUUAAAACUUCUCUCAUCAAAGAUGCGACUACAAAUCCUUCUCCUACCAACGCAUCAGCACGUGUAACAAAUGUUAGCGUGACUUCCACCAAAGCUGUUACAACAAGCAAUACAGCCCAAACAAACACUAGAAGAAGUGUUACCCAUAAUUCAAAUUCUGAUACUUUUACUACUACUACAUUUAAUCAUGAUGCCACCAAAGACACUACAAGACAGACUAAUCAUACUUCAGUCUCUACUCCUUCUACUACUACCAAAGCUGUUACAUCUAGUAAUGGAAUCACCAAAAAUAAUACGAGAAACAUUAGCCAUAAUACCACAUCUAAUGCAGAAUUACCAACUGCCAACAACACUACAAGAAAUAAAUCAGAAAAUACAACUUUGAAGACUUCUACUCCUCGCAAGGCUGUUACCACCAUGGGUACUAUAAGAACUACUAUCCAUAGAACAUCUUUGAAUCCUUUACCUACUGUUAAAUCUGUAACAAGUAGAUCAAGCACCACAAAAGGUACUACAUAACAUUGGGGCCAUGGUGUAACUUAUUCUUUGCCCACUGGUAUUACAUAUAGGAUGUCUAAUUCCAAUGCUUUUUUUGGCAUAUUAAAAAAUCUGCUAGGAAAAAAAAUCAUUGACAACAAUGUACAGAUAACAAUAUACAGAAAGCAUGCAUAAGAAGACAAAUGUUAAUAUAAUGUAGUUUCAGUUCACAUAUUCAUGUUAAUUUUUCAGUGCACUACUCUCUUUUGAACCGAAAAAAACUUAACAUGCUGGAACUACCUUUGUGUGCGAUGCAUCUCUCGCGCAGUAGCUCUUGCCCUGUUCUUAGGGUCUCUAUGUAGCAGCACCAGGCUUGAACUACAGUAUAUUGUAAUGAUAACGCCUGUCUUUGUUCAGACAACAGUUUAUAUUUUUGUGUGUGUGUGUGUGAGACAACCUGAAGUUGUGUCAAAGACACAAAUAAAUUAUGUUUUUUGUUUUUGUUUUGUAACCAUGUGAAUUUAAAUUAAAUCUGUUGAACUCAUAA